ACAAAGUGACCACUCACGUAGCUACUAAAAGUACUGAUCGCAUAUGGAAAGUUUGAAAGUAUUGCCUUCUACGAUCGUGUUUCAUUAUUCGAUUAACUUUAAUAUUUCAUUGUACAGAAUUUUAACCACCACAGAAGUCCUAUUAAGGAUAAUAUAUAUAUACUAAUAUGUUGAUUAAGAAUACUAAAAACAAAGUUCUGAGAGUUCGAAAAUUAUAUUCAUAUAUCGUAACUUGUAAGCUGUCGUUAGGCUUAGCGAAUACCUCAUUGGAAAUAUUUAUAUGAAAAUUGGUUAAUCCAAUUAUAAUUUGUUGAAAGUCGUAGAGACUUCAUUUCGAUUGGAGCUCUUAAAGUUGACCAUGUAAUUAUUUUUGUAUUGAAUACGAAAACAAGGUAAUAACUUCCUUCCACAAUAAUACUGGUCGGAGGAGUGUAGUUUCAUGAAAUUUUGAUAUAACGCUAACAGUAUUACUAUAACUUGGGCAGUGAGUAUAAGUUAUAACUUAGUUAGUAUAAGUAAUACUAAUAUUAGUGAUAAUCUUGCUUAUGAACUAACUACUACUACUACUAGUAUCUCUCAUUUUGAUUUAUAAAUACUUAAGUUUAAGUGCAUUUUAAAACUGUGAAGUCGGUGAUUCAGACCGGAAACUUCAUUUAAAACUAAAGUGCAGUUAUUAACUUUAAAAUUUAAAUUGCCUAAUCUCAUCAUAGAAUUGCAUAUAAUAUCAAACAGGCAUUUAUAACUUUGUGAAGGCUUUAUCUUUAUUAAAACUAUAAAAAAAUAUGGGCAACUGUUUGAAAUCAUUUGGAUCAGAUGAUAUAUCCUUAUUGCAAGAAAAUAAUAGCUCUAGUACAAGGGAAUCAUCUACUGAUCAACUUGAAGUUCCACCUUCAUACCAGGAAAGUAUUUUGGCUCCAGUUUAUUAUCCUACUCCGAAUGUAAGCCGCCCAGUAUCUCAACUAACAGAAGAAGAGCAAAUCAGAGUAGCUCAGCGGAUUGGGCUAAUACAACACUUACCAACUGGAUAUUAUGAUGGGAGCAAGAAAUCCAGAGAGUGUGUAAUCUGUAUGGGAGAAUUUGUCAUUGGUGAUGCCAUAAGAUAUCUACCUUGUUUACAUACCUAUCACAUGACUUGUAUUGAUGACUGGUUGAUGCGUUCAUUUACCUGCCCUUCUUGUAUGGAACCUGUGGAUGCAGCUCUGCUAACUACGUACCAACCAAGUUAAAGUGGCAUCAGCGUAGGCUGAACUAAGCUUCGAGACAAGCGGUCGGCCAGAGGACCCUUACAAAGAACUUGUAGAUUUCAUAUUUUGGAUUGAAAAGUAGUCUAUGCAUGCAAGAGUCAUUCUUUUUUCUUUGAAAUUGAUUGUAGGUAAAGAUGUGAAUUAUAAGUUGUUGAAACAUUGAUAUAUAUCUAAGAAACUAGUGCAGCAGUUUUAAUUCUCACACAGGGUUUUAAGGUUUUGUGAAAUCUGGACUAGUAUAAGCUAAAUAUUUGUUGUAUUAAUUCCAGUAUUCAGUGAACCUACGUUUAGAACCUUCUGUGUAUGAUGUUGGAUUGUUAGAUUUGUUUUGUGACAGCGAGAUGUCAAUCCUCGCUCACUUUUCAACACCUCUGAACCGAGGGGUGUUGCACUUUUCUUCUGAUCUCUUGAAUCAGUAUUGUUAAAUGUUACUCUUCAAAUAUUUUUCAAACUGAGGGGACAAUAUAAGUUACUUGGCUCAAACAUGGAAACCAAGAACCACUGUGUUAAAUAUUUGCAAGAAAUGUGCCUCUUUAGUUGGACAUAACUUUAGGGAAAAUCUGGAGUAUGGGUAUGAUAGUUUUAGGUGUUAAAGUUCCUGUCUGUAUGUUUUACUAAACAAGAAACAUGCAUGUGUUAGAAGGGAGAAGUGGAAUUUUAAAAUGUGAGAGUUGUUUUUUAAGACUUUGCAUGUAUAUGUUUAGGUUCUUGUAGUCUCCAGUAUGUUCUUUUAGGUUGUAUGUAAACUUCUUAAACGGUAUUUAAAAACUAAGAAGCUUUUUAUAGUACAGUGGCUUAAAAAGCACUGAGGCUUACUAGGCCUAAUAAAAGUGAUAUAAUCAGGAGUCGUGUUUGAUUUUUAUAACUGUUACAGUAGUUUGAUAUUUACUGAACUGGGCCAAAAUGCAGUGCCUUUAUGUGUUUUCUAAAAUUGUUAGAAAAACUGUUAGUUGAUGUGCUUUAAGUUGCCCAGACACUUGUAAGCUAUUAUUUUAAGUUGCCCAGACACUUGUAAGCUAUUAUUUUAAGUUGCCCAGACACUUGUAAGCUAUUAUUU